AUGUCGAAGGAUGCGGACUCGGAUGAUGAAGAAAGUAGUGAGCCCAGUGUCUAUGAUUCUCUAGACGGCGAGGAAGAGAGUGACAGCGAUGCAGAGGAGAGUGACAAUAGUGAAGAUGAGUUUGAAGAUCAAGGAUCGUCGGACGAAGAAGACGACUUGAAAGAAGAACAGCAGAAACCAGAUGCAGAUGUCUCCAAACUCGAUUUGGAAGAUAAUCUCGAGUCUGCGUACGAAAAGUCACGAAAAAUAAGCAGCAAGCAAGGCACUGAAAAAAGGGCCAAACCUGGCACUAGUAGUACAGAUGCAGCAACGUUGACGCACACGGACAAUUUGUCGUCGGACGAUGAAGACGAAGACGGAACUACCAAUCGAAUCGGACGGGUCCCAAUCCAUUGGUACUCGGAUUAUGAGCAUAUUGGAUACGACGCCCAUGGAAACAAAACCAUGAAAUCGGCCAGUCUCGAAGAAGGAGAUCGCCUCGAUCAGGCCAUUUCCAAUGCCGACAAUCGAGAGCAAAACAGAUUUGUGGUACAUGAUGUACUGAAUGACAAAUCGGUAGCAUUGACAACACGACAACUCGAACUCAUUCGCAGGAUUCAGUCAGGAGCCUAUGCGCACCCGGAGUUUGACGGUAACCCGGAUUAUGUCGACUACUUCUCAUCCAUUCCCGAAGUGUCGGGGUUGAAUACGAAUCGGACAGAACCAAAAGCCAGAUUCCAACCCAGUCAAUGGGAAAAACUUCAGGUCGAUCGCAUGCUCGAAAAACUUGAACGAGGAGAUAUCAACAUGGACUAUCUCGCAGGGAAAGUUCGGGAUAUGAAUGAUGUUCGUAAAAAGAGAGGCGAGGAUUCCAAACAGCCCUACUUGGUUUGGACUGGAGCCGAAGAAGAUGAGUUGAAUAUGCGAAAGGGACCUCAGGCUAUUCCACCGCCCAAGGUUGAACCACCUGGUCACGCUGAAAGUUACCGUCCACCCGAUGAGUAUCUGCCGACAGAAGAAGAAAAGAAAGAAUGGGAAGACAUGGAUACCCAGGAAAGACCUCAUGGUCGACUCGUGCCCAAAAAAUUCCCAAACCUUCGAUCUGUGGGAGCCUACGAACAUGCCGUUACAGAGACAUUUGAACGGUGUUUGGAUCUAUACUUGUGCCCACGUCAGUUGAAGCGUCGUUUGAAUAUUGAUCCCGAGAGUUUGGUACCAAAGCUGCCGAAAGCUAGUGACCUCAGACCUUUCCCAACUGCUAAAUGCAUCGAGUAUCGAGACGAACCGGAGGAAGGGCAGGACGCUCCAUUUGUUCGUUGCUUGUCACCUAGUCCCGAUGGACAAUUCUUGGCCAGCGGCGCAUCCGACGGAUUUGUUCGCCUUUGGGAGGUUCAAACAGGCCGCCUUUUGAGAAAGUGGAAUUUGAGCAAGCUCAUCCGUGAGAAUGGAUUUCCAGGAGAAAACGACAAUGACCCACCCAAGCCCGUUGUAUGCCUUCAAUGGAAUCCAAACCGACGUCACCAUUGCCUCGUUGCCUCUGUGGCGGUGUGCGUCGUCGUUAUUGCAACAGGGACAGCAGGGGCUGAAGACGCCGAAAUCACAGCUGCACUCCUUUCCGCUGCUCGAAAAGGUGGACACGUGACAAAUGAAAGAGCUGCCAAAGCAGUCAAGUGGAAGGCGGUUGAUUCGCACACUGGUGAUCCCGUUAGUGCAGCGGAUUCCCUCUCUGGGCCCGUGGCUCUUGUGUGCACCAACAGAGACGUUACCAGCGUUCGUUGGCAUUCGAAGGGGGACUACUUUGUGACAGUUAGCCCAAAAGCACAGUCGGCGGCUGUUCUCAUCCAUCAACUCAGCAAGGGAAACUCGCAGCAACCCUUCAGCAAGACCAAAGGCGAAGCCCACUUGGCAUGUUUCCAUCCAACGAGACCAUUUUUGUUCGUCUCGAGUCAACAUCAUGUUCGAGUCUAUCACUUGGUGAAGCAGGCGAUGGUGAAGCGGCUGGUAUCUGGCUGCAAGUGGAUAUCAUCGAUAGAUGUCCACCCUUCUGGCGACCACUUGAUUGUUGGCAGCCUCGAUCGUCGCCUGCUGUGGUUCGAUCUUGAUCUGUCCAGUAAUCCUUUCAAAACGCUCAAAUACCAUGAACGGGGCCUGAGAUCCGUUCAGUACCACUCCAAGCACCCGUUGAUGGCUAGUUCGUCAGACGAUGGCUCCAUUCAUGUUUUCCACUGCAUGGUGUACUCUGAUUUGAUGAAGAAUCCGCUGAUCGUCCCCGUAAAGAUUUUGAAGGGACACACUGUCACCAAAAAGAUGGGUGUUCUAGCGGUCGCCUUUCACCCAACCCAGCCCUGGCUCUUCUCGGGCGGUGCGGAUGGACGGAUCUUUCUGUUCCAGGAUGUCUAG